AUGUCGAGUGAACCACCCAAGGUGUUCCUAGCUACAUAUUCGAGUACGGAUGUUUAUGAAUCUGUUAUCAAUGAUUGUCCUCUCAUGAGAAGAUGCAAAGAUGAUUGGGUCAAUGCUACACAAAUCUUGAAAUGUUGUAAUUUUUCCAAGGCUAAAAGAACCAAGAUCUUAGAGAAAGGAGUACAACAAGGGUUACAUGAAAAAAUUCAAGGUGGUUAUGGAAGAUUUCAAGGAACUUGGAUUCCCUUGCCCGAUGCUCAAAGGUUGGCUCAUACAUAUGGAGUGACACCAGAGAUGGCCCCCGUAUUGUUUUUUGAUGCUUCAAACCCUGGAUUUGACUUUCAUAAGAAAACAAAAGAAGUAAAUAAAGAUGGUACUCCUGUUAAGAGAAAGUAUGUCAAGAAAAAGAAACCAGAUGUCAUAAGUUCAAAAAAAUUGAAAAUGGAGGAUGGACAGGCUGCUUAUAUGCAACAACAACUUCAACAAGGAUACGAGUUCCAAGGUAACGAAUCAUUCAAUGGAGUUUCAAGAAUGUCUUCACAAAUUUCUCAAUAUUCAAAUAGUUCAUCAAUGCCAUUCAGUCAAGGAUCAUUCACCCAACCUGAUUUUAUUCCUAACCAUAAUAUUCCCACCUUUCAGAAUAGUCAAAACGGCACUGACUAUAACUACCAAAUGCAAAUGCAGAUGCAGCAACAACAACAGCAACAACAACAGCAACAAGCUCAACCACCACAAACCUAUAACUAUGGUUUCCAACAACCACCACAAACCAUUGCACACCCAAAUAUAAUGGGACAAUUUCACCAUUCUAAAGCAAAUUCUUCUCAAUCGACUAACGAAACCAAUUGGUCACAAGAUGAGCAUAAAGAAAGUGAUACGUCAAUGUCCUCCAACGAAGAAAUGAAAUUGAAGGCCAAUUCUACUGUCACUAACAGUCUGGAAAGUAAAGAGUCUUAUUCUUCACAAUUACUCAAAUUUUUCAGUGAUGAUAAUGCCCCAAUUCCUUAUUUUAUUACCAAUCCUCCCGCCGAUUUCAACAUUAAUGAAGCUAUUGACGACGAGGGCCACACUCCUUUACAUUGGGCAGCUUCUAUUGGUAACUACAAUAUGAUCCAUUUAUUAACAAUGAGGAACGCCAAUCCUUUAGUUGUUAACAAUUUUGGAUUGAAUCCUUUAUCUAAAUUAAUAUCGUUCAAUAAUUGUUAUGAGUUGAAAAACUUCCCCAAAGUUUUGGAUGAUUUAGAGAUAUGCUUAAUCAACACCGAUAUUAACGGUAGAACACCCUUGCAUUACUUGUGUCAAUUUGCUAAGGUUCCAUCAAAAAUUGAUUCGUUGCUCUACUAUUUAGAGAAUAUCUUGAACAAAUUGAGUAUGUUGACAAACCAAAAUUCUAAUAAUAAAUCCAUUAAUUUGAUAAAAAAUGUCAUUGACCAUCAAGAUGUGAAUGGUGAUACAUGUCUUCAUUUGGCUGCCAAGUCAAGAUGUGUGAGACUUGUGAAAUAUUUACUCAGUUUUAAUGCCAGGGAUGAUUUAAUCAAUAUUAACCAAGAAACUGCUGAAUAUUUGAUUAUGAAAGACAAUCUUUUGAAAGACUCCAAUGAACCCGAAAUUGACAGCAAUCAAACUCUAUCUCAACCAGUUCAUGACUCCAACUUGAAAACUUAUAAACGAAGCUCCAAGCAUUUGGAAACUCCAACUCAGCCUAAUUUCAACACACAAGAAACUCCUGACACCCAAAGAACUACCAUUCAACAAGAAGAGGACGAUGACGGUGAUCAAGCAAGGGUAAACAAAGAACAAAUCAAUCAGUUAUUGAGAAGCACUGGAGUUAAUGAUGAUAAUAAAGAGAAUAUCUUCCUUGAUUCCAUGAAGUCAUUUGAUAUGAUGUCAACUCCCAUCCAAGCAACAAAAACUAGCUCAUUCGUUAUUCCUAAUCAACAGCCACUAGCCGUUAUAUCGGAAAGAACCACUGAAAGCACACCAAUCAAUGACGUAGACGAAAUUAAACCCAAAAGAGAAAAUCACGAAGAAAAGAAAUCAAAUGAUCAAAGCAAAAGUCAAACCUACCAAUUAGUGCCUCCCAAAUUAGAUUCUUAUGGUAAAAUAAUUGAAGUCAACGAAGAAAAAGGUCAAUUCAAAUUACCAUUGAAUGAUUUUAAUUCUAUCAUUAAUAAUUUGACCUUCUCAUUAUCCAAAAAGUACAAAACACAAAUCAAAGCAUUGAAUAAUGAAUUGAAAGUCACAGAAAGUAAAUUGAAUGACAAUGAAAUUGUCAAUGAAAAGUUGAACGAUAAAUUAAUGUUUGAAUUAUCCAAAAUAGGCAUUGAAUCUUUCAAUUCAUUGAGCGAAGGUCAUGCAUACCUUGAGGAAUUCGUUGAAGCACAAAACUCACAUGUUAAAACCAAAGAGUUCGACUUGAUGAACAAUUUAGAGAAAAGUCAAGCGUUUGAAAUCGCUAAUCUAGUAUCACACAACGAAGAAAACCUUCAAGACAAUGAUAACAAUGUGGAAAAUUGGGAUUUAGCAAUUGAAUUAACCAAUUUGCAAAUCCAAAGAUCAAAGUUGUUAUCUGAUUUAACCAAUAAAAUCAAAAAUUACGGGAUUGAUGAUAAAAUGUAUAAAUAUAGGAAACUUAUUAGUUUAAGUUGUGGACUCAAGAUUGAUGAAAUAGAUAACCUUAUUGAUGGUAUUGAAGAAUCCUUGAUGGAUACCAGUAAGUAA